AUAGCGAACGCUCCUGCCAGUAUGCAAAUAAAAAAAAUAUCCUCCAAUACCUUUUCCCUCUCCUCAUCGCACUCACAAAAGUAUCAGCUCUUCAACUCACUCAGCCCCUCAAAUCCCUGUGCUACCACAUUCUCACCCUUCGCGAAAGCACAUAUUUCCUCAAGAUGCGCUUCUCCAGCAUCCUUUCGUUGGCCUUCGCCGCUGUUGCCAUGACUGCUCCUGCCAGCCUUGCUGCCCGUACCGACGAGGGCUGUGUCCCGGUCUCAUACACCAUUUCCGACUACAAGCUGGUCACCUCUGCUACCUCUGGCAGCGUUGACUUCACAUUCAAGUCUUCCUUCUCCAGGAGUGACAACGACGACCCCGUCCAGAACGGCGUUCACUGCGGCGGUUCAGGUGCCUCUGUCCCCAACAACAACGAGUGCCAGGUCGCUGACCGUCGUCUUCUCUUCGACCUUCGCGGACCUCAAGAUCAGGCCUACUACCAGAUCAGCCACUCCUGGACCUGCUCAGGCAACCAGUGGAUCUCUGGUACUGCAGUCAAGGUCGACUCGCUUAACUGUUACACUGAGGGCGACAAGCGCGUCUGCACCGGCGGACCCCAGACCUUCGCACCCCAGAAUCCGCGCAAGAUCUGCAACUCGCCUCAGUGCUAGAUGGCUUCGGCUAGCUUGUCAACUCUGUGGGAUUCUUCAAAGUGGUUUCCUUAGGUUGAUGUAAUAAUGAUCAGAAGAGUAUGCAUGGCUAUGGAUCCUCUUGGAUAUGUAUUGGCGUCUCGACGGGUCGGGCUGUCUUCCUAGCUUUUCUCUUUCACUCAUCACGAUACCCCAGGCGGAGCGUCGGCUGCUUAAAUGAAAAUUCGAGUUCAAUGUUACCUCCACUCUUGUGGUCGUGCUGUUAUGUCAUGUCAAGCCAUGUGACAUCAUUGACCGUAUUAACGCGAUGCGACGCGCUCGAUCGCAAAUUGCGCCGCC